CGGCUGCGGGAGCGGGGCCAUUUUUCGCCUUGUCGCAAUCUCAGGCCGAUUCAGGAGCAGACCAUUCUAACACUCACACCUUGACUCUUUUUUGUGACUCAGAUAAAAAGAAAAAACAUCCGACACACCAGGUACGCGAUUUCCUUCCUAUUUCGAUCAUUUUUUAUAACUCAAUCGCGUCUUACUGUGCGUUUCCUCUCUUUUAUGUUUUCAUGCCCGUCAAUUGGAUCCUCACUGAGCCUUUUCACCCGCUACACUCUUCUCCGCUCAACUUUUCCAAUUCGAUCGCCACCAGCUAAUUAUUUUCGAAACUUCUGAAUUUACAGCCUCAGAACCGUCACAAUCAUGUCUGAAUAUCCUCACAUCCUUCUUCGCGCCGAGGAGAAGCCUCUCGAGCACCGAUCUUUCUCCCCCGCGGUUAUCAAGACACUCGUCGAUGCUGGAUACCCCAUCUCCGUCGAGCGGUCAUCCACCGAUCCCAAAUUUAGGCGUAUCUUUGAGGACUCUGAAUAUGAAGCUGCUGGUGCUCGUCUUGUCGACACGGGUGUCUGGCCCAACGCUGAGCCUGGGACAAUCAUACUCGGAUUGAAGGAGAUUCCCGAGGAGGAUUUCCCUCUGAAGAAUGAUCACAUCACAUUUGCACACUGCUACAAAAACCAGGGAGGCUGGGAGAAGGUUCUCGGUCGUUGGUCUCGCGGCGGGUCUACUCUGUAUGACUUGGAGUUUUUGCAUGACGCUGAAGGCCGACGUGUUUCUGCGUUUGGUUUCCACGCAGGCUUCGCCGGGGCUGCGCUUGGAAUAAAGACACUUUCCCACCAGCUGCAGGACCCGUCAUCUAAGCUUCCGUCUGUCGAGACAUUCACCGAUGGCCGCGGAUAUUACCUGAACGAAGAUGAGCUCGUCAACCAGAUUCGCGAGGAUCUCGCCAAGGCUGAGAAGGCUCUCGGACGCAAGCCCACUGCUCUCGUCCUUGGUGCUCUUGGACGAUGUGGCAAGGGUGCUGUGGACCUUUUCCUCAAGGCCGGCAUGCCUGAUGAGAACAUCACCCGUUGGGACUUGAACGAAACCAAGGACCGUGAUGGACCUUACGAGGAAAUUGCGAAGGCUGAUGUCUUCCUUAACGCCAUCUACCUCUCCAAGCCCAUCCCCCCUUUCAUCAACCAAGAACUCCUCGCCAAGAAGGGUCGCAACCUCGCUGUAGUCAUCGACGUUUCUUGUGAUACCACAAACCCCCACAACCCCAUCCCCAUCUACUCCAUCAACACCACCUUCGAGGACCCCACCGUCCCCGUCGAGAUCAAGGACGACCAGAACAACCUCCCCCUUUCCGUCAUCAGCAUCGACCACCUUCCCUCCAUGCUUCCCCGCGAGGCUAGUGAGGCCUUUAGUGAGGGUCUCAAGGAGUCUCUGCUUACACUCAAGGAUCGCAAAACUUCGCGGGUGUGGGCUGAUGCUGAGAAGCUCUUCCAUGAGAAGGUUGCUACGUUGCCGGAGGAGUUGAGAACCAAGAACGUUUAAAGGUGCUAUUUAUGCUGUAGUUAAGCUGACUACAUAGACAAAAAUAGAAGGCUGUACGAGCGGCCUGAUUGACGUAUGGAUACUCGCUUAUGAUGUGAAGGUUGAGUUGCGUUACUGAUUGCCUAACAGCAGAUUUCGACGGGUAUAAAUCUACAGGGUAAGAUAACACGAGGAUUCUUCCGAUCAGGCAACAAUUGAAUUAAAUGGGAGUUGACACAUUACACAAGCCAAAACUUGAACUCGGCCAUCUUAUACAAACUCUUUAAAAGUUACUCUCCACCUUAAGCCCAUCUCCAAUCAUAAUCAUUGUAGUCCAACAAGACGUGUAUGCACUACGUCAGGUAUACAAGUGUGAAGCUGAAAAGUUGGGACAGCAGAAAACUGGGCACCCCCGCCCAAAACGAGGCCCAAGCAAAAACUUGAUUGGUAGAUCCUUCGGCAGCAUUCUUGUAGCAAAAUAGUCUGAGCAAAGAUA